UCUUUGGGGGGUGGGGGGGAGGAACAUGGCGCAAGCUCUGUCUGAGGAGGAGUUUCAGCGGAUGCAGGCUCAGCUCCUAGAACUCCGGACAAACAACUACCAGCUUUCAGAUGAACUACGCAAGAAUGGUGUUGAACUUACCAGUCUUCGACAGAAGGUCGCCUACCUGGAUAAGGAGUUCAACAAAGCUCAGAAGGCACUGAGCAAGAGCAAGAAAGCUCAGGAAGUCGAGGGGCUGCUGAGUGAAAAUGAGAUGCUGCAGGCAAAGCUGCACAGCCAGGAGGAGGACUUCCGUUUGCAGAACAGCACGCUUAUGGCCGAGUUCAGCAAGCUCUGUAGCCAGAUGGAACAGCUGGAGCGGGAGAACCAGCAACUGAAGGAUGGGGCUGCCAGGGCAGGGGCUGCCCAAGCUGGGAGCCUUGUGGAUGGGGAGCUGCUGAGGCUGCAGGCAGAGAACACAGCCUUGCAGAAGAACGUGGCAGCCCUGCAGGAGCGCUACGGGAAAGAGGCUGGGAGGUCCCCAGCUGCCAAUGAGGAUCAAGGGGAUCCCCUGGGGGGCCCAGCUUCCCCUGUCCUGGCCCCCAUGCCAUUGGCAGAAGUGGAGCUGAAAUGGGAGAUGGAGAAGGAGGAAAAGAGACUGCUCUGGGAGCAACUGCAAGGCUUGGAGACCUUGAAGCAGGCUGAAACAUCCAGGCUGCAGGAAGAACUUGCUAAGCUCGCCGAGAAACUGAAAAAGAAACAAGAAAGUUUUUGCCGUCUGCAGACAGAAAAGGAGACGCUAUUCAAUGACAGCCGGAACAAGAUUGAGGAGUUACAACAGCGGAAGGAAGCUGAUCUCAAAGCCCAGUUGGCUCGAACUCAGAAGCUGCAGCAGGAACUUGAGGCUGCCAAUCAGAGCUUGGCAGAGCUGAGAGAUCAGCGGCAGGGGGAGCUCCUGGAGCAUGCGGCAGCUCUGCGAGCCCUACAAGAUCAGGUGUCCAUCCAGAGUGCGGACGCGCAGGAACAAGUGGAAGGACUUUUGGCUGAGAACAAUGCCUUGAGGACUAGCCUGGCUGCCCUGGAGCAGAUCCAAACAGCAAAGACCCAAGAACUGAAUAUGCUCCGGGAACAGACUGCUGGGCUGACAGCUGAGUUGCAGCAGCGGCAGACUGAGUAUGAGGACCUCAUGGGACAGAAAGAUGACCUCAACUCCCAGCUCCAGGAGUCAUUGCGAGCCAAUAGUCGGCUGCUGGAACAACUUCAGGAACUCGGGCAGGAGAAGGAGCAAUUGACCCAGGAACUACAGGAGGCUCGUAAGAGUGCUGAGAAGCGGAAGGCCAUGCUGGAUGAGCUAGCCAUGGAGACGCUGCAGGAGAAGUCCCAGCACAAGGAGGAGCUGGGAGCAGUCCGACUACGGCACGAGAAGGAGGUGCUGGGGGUGCGCGCCCGCUAUGAGCGUGAGCUCCGUGAGCUACAUGAAGACAAGAAGCGGCAGGAGGAGGAGCUGCGUGGGCAGAUCCGCGAGGAGAAGGCCCGAACGCGGGAGCUGGAGACUCUCCAGCAGACGGUGGAAGAACUUCAAGCUCAGGUACACUCCAUGGAUGGGGCCAAGGGCUGGUUUGAACGGCGCUUGAAGGAGGCUGAGGAAUCUCUGCAGCAGCAGCAGCAGGAACAAGAGGAAGCCCUCAAGCAGUGUCGGGAGCAGCACGCCGGCGAGCUGAAGAGCAAGGAAGAGGAGCUGCAGGGUGUGCGGGAUCAGCUCCAACAGGCCCAGGAGGAGCGGGACUGCCACCUGAAGACCAUCAGCAGCCUGAAGCAGGAGGUGAAGGACACGGUGGAUGGGCAGCGAAUCCUGGAGAAGAAGGGCAGUGCUGCGCCCCUGUCUUUCCCCCGUUCCCCACAGCUCAAGGACCUCAAACGGCAGCUGCACCUGGAGCGGAAACGGGCGGAUAAACUGCAGGAGCGGUUGCAGGACAUCCUCACCAAUAGCAAGAGCCGCUCAGGGCUCGAGGAGCUGGUUCUAUCAGAGAUGAAUUCACCAAGCCGGACCCAGACUGGGGACAGCAGUAGCAUCUCCUCCUUCAGCUACCGCGAGAUCUUGCGGGAGAAGGAGAGCUCGACCGUUCCAGCCAGGUCCUUAUCCAGCAGCCCUCAGGCCCAGCCCCCGCGGCCAGCAGAGCUGUCAGAUGAGGAAGUGGCUGAGCUCUUUCAGCGCCUGGCAGAGACGCAGCAGGAGAAAUGGAUGCUGGAGGAGAAGGUGAAGCACCUGGAGGUGAGCAGCGCGUCCAUGGCAGAGGAUCUCUGCCGGAAGAGCGCCAUCAUCGAGACCUAUGUCAUGGACAGCCGGAUUGAUGUGUCUGUGGCAGCAGGCCACACAGACCGUAGCGGGCUGGGCAGCGUCCUGAGAGACCUAGUGAAGCCAGGCGACGAGAACCUUCGGGAGAUGAACAAGAAGUUACAGAACAUGCUGGAGGAACAGCUCACCAAGAAUAUGCACUUGCACAAGGACAUGGAAGUUCUGUCCCAGGAAAUUGUGCGGCUCAGCAAGGAGUGCGUGGGGUCCCCCGACCCAGACCUAGAACCGGGAGAAGCCAGCUAAAGACCUGCAGGCUGCACCCACUCCCUCCCUUCCCCACCCCCCAUUCCCUUGGGCUGUGGUGGGAAAAUGGGGGCCAGCGCCAAAAUCAGAUAGGUUGGGAGACUGGACAUUAAAGGGGUUGGAGGCCUGAUGGCUGGUGUUAGUGACCCUGUCUUAGGGCCGAGGCCCCUGGGGAGUGGGGAAUCCUGAGGGGAGGGGCAGGGAUUCUCCUCCUUCUUAGCCCUGGCUCCCAGGGGCCUUUGCCUUCAUCUCUGCAUGAGCUCUCCCUCCCAGAGACCAACUCUUUUUUUAUUUUAUUUUAUUUUUUAAUUUAUGUCUGGAAGCCUGGCUACUCUGCAUUUGGGAUUGGGGAUGCUGGGUGGGGCAUGGUCCAUGUUCAGCAUUCUAGCAACAUGUGUGUGUGUGUGUAAAAGCUGUGCAGCCAAAAUACCAUCUGGCCAGACUGGCC